GCGCGUGUCUGUUUCACCGUUCCUCUACCGGUCGUCGAACAAAGCUGUGUCGCGAAUUUAUCAUGUUGUUUUAACGAAAGUCCCCGAUCGCGUAUCUCGGCGGUUCUUCCUUGCUAACAAAAGUUCGCGGAUCCCAGGACUUGUGACGUGUUUGCGAGCCGAAUGAUUUACGAAAACGGUGUAAGAUAUGUUCGACGAAACGGCGUCCGUGGACGAAGCUGUGACUCGCGGAACCAGUGUGCAGUGCCUAGAUUCGUUGUCGGAUCGAAUCUCGUGUUCUUAAGUGACUCGUGAGAGAGGUUUUGUUGCCAUCGUUGGUCCGUGGCAUGCGUUGACUUGAUGGUCUUCGAAAGCGUCGCGAUGCGGAAUCCGGGGUUCCUCCUCGAAGAUGCCAGACACGGGUACAUUCAAUACAUCAGUCUGAGCGAAUGCUACUUUGCAGGCAAGGGCGCGGCCCUGGUUCUACCCCCGAACGAAAGGGCCAGACCCUCAAGGAAGGUCUCCGCGGCAGGAUGCGACAUUCAACAGCACUUGCAGUCCAUGUUCUACCUGCUCAGACCGGAGGAAACCUUGAAAAUGGCAGUGAAACUCGAGUCGGUGCAUCAAGGGAGGACGCGAUAUUUGGUGGUCGUGUCCUGUACGGGGAGGCAAGAUGCCGAGGAGAGUUGCCUUCUUGGUAUCGAUUGUCACGACAGGGCGACCGUAGGUCUGGUACUUCGGGUUCUGGCCGACACUGCCAUUACUCUCGACGGCGACGGAGGCUUCAGCGUCAGCGUUUGCGGCCGACAGCACAUCUUCAAGCCGGUCUCGGUGCAGGCAAUGUGGUCGGCGUUGCAGACGCUGCACAAGGUGUCGAGUAAGGCUCGAGAGCAGAACUAUUUCCUGGGUGGGUUGUCGCACGAUUGGGUCAGUUACUAUGAGCAACGAAUCGAGAGCGAUCGCUCGUGUCUCAACGAGUGGCAUGCUAUGGACAACUUGGAGUCCCGAAGACCACCGUCGCCGGACAGCGUGCGCACCAAGCCCAGAGAAAGGGACGAGACUGAGCGCGUGAUCCGGUCAACGUUGAAGGAGAUCAUGAUGUCCGUAGAUCUCGACGAAGUAACCUCCAAGUAUAUUCGAGGCCGCCUCGAGGAGGACCUCGACAUGGAUCUCGGUGAGUUUAAACCGUUCAUCGAUCAAGAGAUGCUCACCAUUCUGGGUCAGAUGGACGCGCCGACCGAGAUAUUCGACCACGUUUACCUGGGAAGCGAGUGGAACGCGAGCAACUUGGAGGAACUUCAAAAGAACGGUGUCAGGCAUAUUCUGAACGUUACUAGGGAAAUCGACAACUUCUUUCCCGGGAUGUUCACGUAUUUGAACGUGCGCGUCUACGACGACGAGAAGACGGACCUGCUAAAGCACUGGGACGACACGUUCAAGUACAUCACCAAGGCAAAGAAAGAAGGUUCCAAGGUACUAGUGCACUGUAAGAUGGGAGUAUCCAGAUCUGCCUCGGUGGUGAUCGCCUACGCGAUGAAGGCGUACAAUUGGGACUUCUCUCAGGCCUGGAAGCACGUGAAAGACAAACGGAACUGCAUCAAGCCUAAUAACAGUUUCCUGAUACAGCUGGAGACUUAUCAGGGGAUCCUAGAUGCGAUGAAGAACAAGGAGAAGCUUCAGAGGUCCAAGUCCGACACCAAUUUGAAGUCGCCCACCUCGGCGAAGAGCCAGUCCAAGAAAGAGGAGAAGUCUGGCAACGCGGACAACGGUUUACAAGUUACUUCGGGGCUGGAGUUGAAGAAGACCAGCCAGAGGCCGAAAAGUUGGUCGCCAAACGUGAAAAUCGCCGAAAAUAUGUUGCCACCUGUUCCUCUUUCGCAAUCCCUGGAGAGUAUCGACAAAGCAGGGUGCACGGAAGUGACCAGGGAGGACCUGCUUCGUUCGACGAACCUGAAGCCGAACGCGACGCCGGAGGCACGGAACGUGCUGAUGCCCUGCGGGAACGGGCAGUCGUACAGCGUUUCGCAGAACCAAAUCGUCCAUUUGCCGGGUCCCGCGGCCGACACGCCGAGCGUGAAGAACCGGGUCAGUAAGCUGGAGACGCAGGGCCACCAAAGAAGGAAAGGUUUGGUGCUGAAUCUGACGAAUCAGUUCGAGGCAGUGGGCAGCAAACCGUCCUCGCCGAGCUCGGACCCGGACGGGAAACCCCCGCGAGCGCAGAGCCCGGUCUCCGUCGACGAGGAGAACGGCCUGGCGCAGGAGACGCUGGCGGCGUUGGCGAAGAAAACGGAGAACAACGGGAACAGGGAUAGUGAAUGUCUAGUCUGGACCGCGUCGUCGGACGCGACGUGUACCAAUUCGUGUAGUAACGGUAAGAUCAACGGGGAAGUGAGUGGCGAGACUGACGAGUGCGUAGCGACGAUGACGGUGUACUCGGGUACCCUGGGACGGAGAACGAGAAAGGACGGGGACCCUUUCAGCACCCAGGUAGACCGGGUGUUCGAUCGCGAGGAGAGACAGGGGGAACCGGUCACGAGGGACUCGCCGAGUCGACAGAGCUCCUGGAGCAGUUACGACAGCGCCGUGGUCCUGGACAAUAACUCCGUGCACAGUUCCUGGGCCACGCUACCCUCCAGGAACAGCUCCUGGGGCUCGUACGACAUGCGGCCCUCGGAUCUCCUCGGUUCCAGCGGUCUGUUCCCCUACGACAAGGAGGAGAUACCCUGGCAUCCGGGCACCGUGAAACGCACCAAGCAAAAGCUCGAGGAGAACACGUCCUCGGGGACGGUGAAACGCGUGUGCACGCAGACCUCCGACGCGGUGGACAAGGACAGGCUGCCGGUCGACGAGGAAUCGUACAACCCGGUGCUCCUGCACUACACGGCGUCCCCGACGCCGAGACGGAGGGACUCGUCGCCGUGUCAGGAGCACAGCCUGAAGGUGGACGCGGCGAGGAGCUCCCCGAGUCCCGUACGAGGGAUCGACAUCGCUGGUUCGUCGAUACCUACGGUCGGCAGGCUGUCCACCAGCGCCCCGGCGCCCUCCUCCCUCUCCUCCGAGUCCGAUCUCCCCUCGUCCCUGAGGUCCUGCAGAUCCGAGAGCGAAACCUCGAGCCCCUGCGUCGUCAACACCACCCAGUGCCCCUCCGUCAAGCACCACAAAAUGGUCCUCGAGAAUCUGAGCAACAAGUCGGUGUUCAGCAAACGGUGUCUGCCCGCGGACGACUCCCCGGAGGCCGAGUGCCCGCGAAACACGUCCGGUAUCGUCAAGAGCCUGAAGAAGGAGUUCGAGGCGAAGUCGAGCAAGCCGGAGAGGAGUCCCGAGAACAGUUUCGAGAACGAGUCGUCGAUGGUCGGUCGGGGGUCGAAGAGGGACGCGAAGAUCAGGAGCCUGCCGUCGUCGCCGGUGAUACCUCACGACGAGUCCAAGAUCCAGGCUCCGUCCGAGACCAAAGAUGAGGCGUUGGGGUCCGCGCAGGAGGGCGCGGAGGAUUGGUCGGUCAGGGUGCUGGUCGGCAAGUACGAGAUCAAGCCGGACCCGAGGAAGUCCGCGGACAUUCAGCUGCGCGUGCACAAAGACAAAGAGUGGGAGGCGAUGGACGCGUCGGCGAAGUCGAAGCUCGGUCCAGAGUUCAGCAGAAGGUCGGCGCCGAUCAUGAUCGACAAUCAUUCGUCGCCGUUGUUCACCGAGGCGCCGGAGGCACCUGGCAGGCCGCCGGUACCCUCCGCCGGUGUCGUGGCAGCUAGCAAGAAGCAGCAACAGCACGGCAGGACGCAUCCUCUCGCCAGGCUGCAGGUUAGGCCUAGGCACAGCAGUCCGGUUUACAACACGAUGUAAAAAAAAUGAAAAAAAUGUAAUGGGGAAGGUUACUCUUACCCCGCUUGUCGAAUCUGAGCGCGCGUACCUGAGUGAAUAGGUAUGUUGUCGUGGCCACGAUGAAACUGUGUGAUCUCUACCGAUGCCAACAAGUCGAGGACGUAUCCUCCUCGAUACCGACGACAAAUCGACGAGGACAAGAUUUAUUAUUCGCUUCCCACCACGCAUCGACGUACAGGGCGUCGCGGAAUUAUAUUCCACCUCACUGUGUGGUUGUACAACUCUGGAUCGGUUGAAAAUUUCUAAAAAAUUUCUAAUUUUUUUUAUCGUUGCAUCCGUAGUCUACCGACCAGUAGAGAAUUAAAGUCUCGAAGGAUCUCGAGCUCGAACUCGAGUUCUCUUGAAAAAUUGUAUCAAAGAUUUAUCGUAAAUUUGCGUUCUCGUUCCGAGGGCAGAGAUUUUUAAUAGAUCUUCACCGAUCCAGAGGCGUUGUAUCGUUCCGUGACACUCUGUAGAAUUUACUGUUCGCGAUAGUCAUUGUCGAACACGAAUUUUCUUCUGCAAUGUCAGCCAGGCGUGUGAGCGUCCUCGUCCCAAACACGAUUAUUAAUAAUUCUUUGUUUAAGGGAGUAUCACGGUUUAGACAUAUUUUUUUGAAGUAUUUAGAAAUUAAAUUAAAUUUGUUUUAAUCGGAAGAUACAACAUAUCUCCAGGCUUGUCCAUUUUGUAACGUUUUUGUCCAUCGAAACCUCUUGAAACUUGUCCAACUAGUUUUUUUAAAAUUCGUGUUUCGAGACGAGGAACCAAUGGAUAUUGCAGAACAGAAAGAUUUUAAUUUGUUGGACAGUGUAAUCGGAUAAAGGCAGGACACCUAUUUUUUCAAUGUUACAAAAAACUGAUAAAAUUCACGAACUUGGCGAUUACAUUUCGCAAAAUGUCAUCGUUCACAUUAUGUAGUCACAGCAGGACGAAAGACUGUCGAUCAUGGUUCCCACAAAAAUGCUCUCAAGGCUCUCAAAAAGAAAGAGUACUUUGCCAAAAUUCUGUUUCGUCUUGUAAUAUAUAUUUUGGGAAGAAAAUUCCUAAGAAUUUCAACAAACGCUCCAAAACAAAAAAUCAGAAGUUUUAAACAAUUUUUUUUAAGAGUAUUUUUGUUCAGAUCGCAUGGUCGUCGGUCUUUUCUUCGUCUUUCUGCUAUUACAUAGCUCUACGCGAUGAACGUUGCGUAUAAUAGUAAAGAAACAAAAAAGAAAAGCGCAAGAAAAUUGCAUCAGUUUCGCGAGAACACUGGCAUGAUCAUAGGUGGCCCUAUCUUAUCGUCGCCGAGUGUAAUUUUAAGGCUCGUUCAAGAUCCUUCAAACGUUUUUAUGUUCCUUCUUCGUCAGACGUGUCUUGGCCUGCUCUUAGUUCAAUUAUUUUUUAAGCUGAAAAUGUAACAAUUAGGAGAACGCUGAAACUGUUUAUUCCUACGACGGGCGUCGUCAUAGACCUAAAUGGGCUUGGAAUCAAACGUGAUGUUUUUUUUUUUCUCUUUUUUUUUUGUUUUCGUGGACGUCAUGCAGAAGCUGGAGCCAGUUCGUGGCUGAAUUCGGAAGACGAAAGCGACGGCUCGGUCAGGCUGUGAACGAAAGGUCCGAGCUACGCUGCCCGCGCUUGGCUCUUUCCUCUGCUCCGUUGUGAUUGCCGAGGCGCGAAGCGAGAGAGAGAUUGUAUACAAAAAAGACCUCGGAACGACGUUAACGUUUAAGCUAUAACUAUUAGUAAUUUAGAACGAACAAUGUGAUUAGGAUGGUGCACAGUAUGCGAGAAGACGAAAGUAGCGAACCCCAUGUUUUCCUGGAGGAACUGCUCGCGCGAAUCGUUCGAACGAUUCUGGUGGCGCCCUCUGUUCGACCAAUCGUUAUCAAACUCUACACCUUCGCACUACCCAACUAAUCCGUAGCAUCGUCGUGCGAUAUCGAUUGAUUUUUUUCUCCCCCACCCCACACAUCUCCCACCCCCGUUUCGAUCGAACCGGAUACAGAUUAUUAUUUUUUUUUUUUUCUUUACGACCAGCGAUUACGACGAUUCGCGAAAGUACAACGAGAAACACACACCGGCUCGGGAAACACUGCCGCGCCCGUAAAUGUAAAUCUCCGUGUCAGCUGUUCGUCGUUCUCUCACACAUAUCAUCGGACCCCGCUCUCGUUUCUUUGUUUGCGUUACGCAAAGCCAUGUUGACCAAUUUUAUACUCCCCCUGAUGAUGAUGAAUGCGAGGCUUGUUUUGAUAAGAUGCACCGUGACGACUGUGUAUGUGCGUGUGCGCGUGUGUGUGUGUGUGUGUGUAGAAAUAUAUUUUAUUACCGAGAUAAUUUUGCAAAUAAUUUUCUCGUACGUUCAUUCUAACCGCCUGCUGUCUCUCGGAACCCGAGUGUUCGAAAUAAAAAAAAAAGAAAUAAAGAAGAGAACAAUCCUGAGACCGAAUGCUAUCGAAACUGUAACACAUUGAAUUAGAAUAAAGAGAGAAAAAGGAAUAAAAAUAUGUUGCAUCGCCAAUGGUGUGCUUCGCGCUUGGAAAUUCUAGAGGGCGCGUGUAUCGUUUACGAAUCGGUGACAAUUCGCUGCGGGAUCGUUUUGUUUCGGCACACCCGGCAUGAAUGAUGAGCGUCUUCGCUGAAAUUACUUUCCAUGACAGAGAUAUUAAUAAAAUUAUGCGAACGAUUCCGUCGUACCAAAUAUUAUUUCUCGUCUUGCAUUUCGAGCACAGCAAUGCACGGCUGAAUUGGGUAAAAUUCAAUCGGGGGACAUGUUAAUUCAGCAUUUCCAUUCGUUACAAAAAACAGAAGCUAAAUUUAUGAAUCGUGUAACGUUUUAAUUACGAGCAAUCAUUGUAUUCGUAUUGUAUUUGUUAAGUUAGUUAAAAAUACCUUGAUCUGUGAGGUGUUUGAAUCCUAGGAAUCCGGUAUCAUUCUCAAAAAAGGGUAUAGUCGAGUAAGGGGGUAAAAUGUGCCUUUGAACCAAAUUUGACAUCGACAGAGCAUCAGAAAUAAACAUUCUGUGCCAAGUUUCAACCCUCUGCGUUGUUCGGAAGGAUAGAUAUAGGGAAAAUCCGGAUUAUCGAAUUCGUGCCUAUUUUCCGUAUUUAAACAAACACGAAAAUUACGGAAAAAAAUCUGGUGCAUCGUGGUUAUCGAGAUACGUGUUUGAGAAUUUUUUUCGAUUUUUCGAUCCCGAAUUCUAGGCGUGA